AUGGAUGCCAGUGUCUUUGAGGGGGAUGCACAUCUAGAACAACUGAUGACAUAUUUCGAUACAGUGGUAGCUUCCAAAAACUUGGGGCAACAUCUUCAAGAUGUCUUUGGUGACGAUGACAAAAUGGACAAGGCCAUCUUCCACUAUGUCCUAGAUGGUGCUUCGAUCCCAGCCAGCAAAGCGCCCCUCAACCUGAUUCCAGUUGAUUCCAUGGAAGAAUUCUGGCUUCCCUUGAACAAGUUCAAUUUUGGACCUGACUCCAAAAAUGGAUUCUACCCAUCCAACCAGCAGUAUGCCGCCCACUUUGGUGAGUUCCUCCUGCGUGGAUACAAACCAGCGAUGGGCACCAUCGACUGCAAGUUUCCAUUCAGAGAUUCUACCCGUGCGAUCAAGGAUGGGAGUGUGGGAAUCGUUGACGGUUUCACAAAGGUUCUCAUAAUGUUGGCGAUAGUGGGAUUCUUAGUGGAGCUUGAGGUGAACCGGGAUGAUCUCAAUGGAACAAGGUUGGGGGAGAGCCUCAAAUCGUUUGCAGCAAUCCGAUGCACAUACCAGCACUAUGACAACCCAAGCCAUCACUUUUUGCUUUCUUUGAAACUGGGGUACGUUACAGCUGAAAAGAUCUCGCCGAGCCCAAUCAGUAUGCUUGCUGACAUCCAGCAAGCCAUCAACAUAGAGCGCAAAAUGAACAAGUCAAACAAGGCUUUGAAGGACAUCAUGGCUCGUGUGGUAUCAGACUACAACAAGAUGGUGUCGAUCAAACGACACAAGAUCGAUGGGGCCAGACGCAAUUUGAUCUACAACCUGCUGCGACUUCCUCAAGCCUGCCUGGACUUGCUGCACAAGCAUUAUGAUGGCUAUCGUCACGAACAGUCAGGACUACCCCAUGACGUGCUGACACAUGAUUUUUUCGUUCCUGGUUCCACCACGCGGAAAGACUGUGAUAUCUACAAGGGGAAGGAGCUGUUUUCCACUAUCUUGACAACCUCCCCAGAGACAUGUGCGACCUACUUCAAGAGGGCCAUUGAGGAUUUCUGUCGAAGAGCAGGGCAAUCGGCCACUGUGAAGAAGAAGAAACAAAGCCAAAUCUCCGAAGAUGAGCACUUUCUGCUCCACGACGUUUGCUGCCUGUGGCUCUGGGUCAAGCAGAAGAUGGCAGAGUCUUUUACUGUGACCGAGGUUGAGAAACACCAGGAAUUGUUUGACAAGGGGCAUUUGGAUUCGGACCUGAGUGCCAUUCUCAAGUCUGGAGAGCCCCCCGUGUUUGAACGGAUCCCCUUCAUUUUGGAGGCCCAAGGGAAGAUGAUGAUCGACUAUGUGGCCAGCCACCAGGAUCGUUCAAAGAAUGCGCUGUUGAAAUCAAUCGAGGCAACAUACUUAGCGUGGGUGGAGGACUUGAGAGCUGAUGAGGCCCAAUUCGUCAGUGAUAGGAUCCUGAUGGAAAAAGAGGGGCAGAAAACAAGGAACCGCUUGAUCAAGCAGUUGGAGGAUUGCCACAACCGCGCCUGGGAAGCAGUGGCCGAGUUCAUGGGGCAGAACCUGGCGGUUUUUGCUGGCAAGGUGGCAGAGGGUGAGUCCACGGUCAUGCCCAAGAGCAGGUCAUGGCUAAGAGAGACAAUCCAGGAGAAUGCCAACUCACAGGAUGAUCACUCAAUCUGUUUGUGGAUGAAUUGCACGACAAUUGGAAUCCUUGGGGCGCACCACAAGAAUUUCAUCUACAAUUACGUUGCCAAUGUUUUGGCAGAUUAUCCUUUGAAUGGCAUUUGCUUCCUGGUUUUCCCAAACCGUGCAGGGAUGCAAGAUGUCACCAGCAGGAAGAGACCGAAAGCGGAGGAAGACGACCCUGACGUGAAAGGGGGUGAUGACUCUGAUGAGGAUGAACAUGGCUUGAAAAAGGAGGAGCCCAAGGAUGAUGAUUCCAAGGAAGCUGAAGCUGUCGAAGUUCGUGACAUUCGAUAUGCCAUUGAGAAAGAAUUUGCGAUGAAGGAACGGAAUCUGCGUGUUCGAAACCUCACGUGGAUCUUUGACACUGACACUGUGUAUGGCAAGCGUGAUGGUGUGGUGACUGGACUUGCCAUUGUGAACAGGGACUCUCGCAACCUGUUCCGAUCUACCCGGGGCUUUAAAACAGGAACUGUCCACCAGGUGAAGAUGCAUCCCCGAUCGCAGAUGUUCAAGCCAGAGCAGGCAUCGCCGGGAAGGCUUCCUCACCUUGGCCGUGCGUUCACGGAUGUACAGGAGCUGAAGCAGGUGGCAGCUGGGACGCAUUUCAUCAAGGCCACAUUGGGUGCUUUUGGCAUUCCCACAUCCAAGCUGACAUUGUUGGUUGACCUUUUCGGCUACGAUGCGUUCCCUGCAUUGACAUGCAUCGAGGCCUCUGGCUCUGAUCUGGCUACCCGUGUUGGCAACCAGCUCUACGAGCUGGGGAGGGCAGGUUCUAUCAAAAUUCCAUCCUUCCCAGACUUCACUCCACAUCUCGAAGGUUUGAAGGCUGGCGCCAUCACAGAACGAACCCAGCCCUUCAAGGUGACUGCAGUGCGGGGGAACAAUUUGAUGGUCUUGGACUCUUUUGCAAAGCGGACUGCUGGAUCUGCCGAAGAUGACGACGCCGAAAGACCUGCAAAGAAGCUCAAACUGGAGACCUGCUCGGAACUGGAUGUUUCCAAGAUCCCCAAUGUGCAGACCCUGCAAAUCAACAACACGUGUGACCUCAUUGCGGGGGGGGAUACCAUGGAGAAGGUGUACCUAUCAUCCCGGAGCAAGAACCAAUUCCUGGACAAGCGGGAGUUGUUUUCAAUGGGCCCUGGAGAAUGGAGAGAUGGACAGGAGGCUGCAGAAGUGCUCCAGGAUGUGGAGGGCCGGUGGUUCAGUUUCAAUGUGAACAAACAAUCACUAAUCAUCCUGGAGAAGAAGUCGCUUCCCCAGCAUUUGAUGGAGAUGGAAAGCUUGGAGAUGGCUAUCUCACUUCAAGCCCUUAUGGUUGAUAUGCAAGAUCUGGGAGAGGUCAAAGUCGACGUGAGCCACCACACCUUCAAUGAGACUAUGGGUGACUGGGUGAACUCGAAGCAACUGGUGUUUGUCAUGGAUGAGUUUGUUGCCCCUGACUCCGGCAAAAAGGGCAAGGAGAAGAAAUCGAAAAAAAACCUGACCUUCAAGAACUUUGGCUCGGCCUUGUCUGUCUCUGCCAUGAAGUCGUCCAAGUCGGUUUGCAUUGCCUGGCGAUGCAGGAUCGAUUGCAGUGCUGAGAAAGGAACAAAAGUCUUGAUGCCGAUUCGCCCCGUGGCAUGUUUGGAGGGCAUUGUUGAUCUAGGGGAAUCCGUAGUCAGGCUCGUCUGAAUGGCUGAGGCUUAGAGACAGUUUUCUUCUUUGAAGAUUGUGGCCCAUUGUGGCAACCAGUUUUGG